GGGGUAUAUAAACCAUUGUAUGUUGCAACAAUCCAAAUUAUUCUUUACCAAUAUACUUCGUAUAACUCCUGUAUCUCACAGACUUACAACUUUCAAAUUUUUUACUUCCACCUCAAUUAAAAUGUCUCUUCCAACAACUCACAAGGUCAACCUUAUUGAAGAAAAUGGUGAAUCUAUCGACUUAGUUAAAUAUGUGGAUGUUCCUACUCCUCAGAUUGAAGGACCGACUGAUGUUAUUGUCAAAAAUAAGUACUCUGGUGUCAAUUUCAUUGAAGCCUACUUCAGAAAGGGUAUCUACCCAUCUCAAAAGCCAUAUGUUUUGGGCCGUGAAGCAACUGGUGUUAUUGCUGCUAUUGGGAAGGAUGUUAAAAAGUACCAAGUUGGUGACAAGAUUGCCUAUCUUUCUGGUUCCACCAUUGCACAAUAUACCAAGAUCCCAGAGUCUCAUAUUCAAGUUAAGAAGUUACCUGCUUCUACAACGGACGAAGAAUUGAAGGAUCAAGCGGCAGCUUUAUUACAAGGUUUAACGGCAUUAUCAUUGAUUGAAGAAGCAUACCCAGUCAAGAAGGGAGAUGAUAUCUUGGUUUGGGCUGCUGCUGGUGGUGUAGGUAAACUUUUGGUGCAAUUGGUUAAGAGAAAGGGAGCUAAUGUUAUUGCCAUCGCAUCAACCGAGGAAAAGCUUUCUGAGGCCAAGACAUUGGGUGCUGAUUAUUUAAUCAAUUCUUCCACUACUGACGAUAUUGCUGCCAAGGUUAAAGAAAUCACCAAGGGUAAAGGUGUUGAAGCCACAUUUGAUUCUGUUGGAAAGGAUACUUUUGAAGCUUCGUUUGAACUGGUUGCAAGAAAGGGUACUUUUGUUUCGUACGGUAACGCUUCAGGAGCAGUUCCACCAUUUUCUAUUGGUAGAUUAUCUGCCAAGAAUAUCAAGAUCAUUAGAACAUCUCUUUUCGGCUACGUGUCUACACAAGAAGAAUGGGACCAUUAUUCUACUGAGCUCGCUCGUUUGAUCUCUAGUGGUGAAUUAAAGGUUGAUAUCUUCAAGGUUUACCCAUUAUCUGAUUACAAGCAAGCCGCUACUGAUUUGGAAGGUAGAAAGACUACUGGUAAGUUAGUUUUAGAAAUCCCAGAAUAAGUAAACUGAGACCUUAAUAUUAAUUACAUUAAUUAUAUCGUUCAAUAACACUUUUUAUUUUUUUAAU